CAAGAGACUAAGUAACUGAAUAAAUGGCAGACUCCUUGUAAAUGAGAAAUAUACAAGUCUAAGUAAUUUUCAGCCAAAAGAAGGUAACCAACAAUAUCUUUAUAGUGUAGAUUGGAAAGGGGUAAGCAUGAACAUCACUAACUGUACCACAGAAGCCAGUGUGGCUGUGAGACCCAAGACUGUCACUGAGAAGAUGCUGGUUUCCAUGACUUUGGUCAUCAUCACCACGCUGACCAUGUUGUUGAACUUGGCUGUGAUCAUGGCCAUCUGCACCACCAAGAAGCUCCACCAGCCUGCCAACUACCUGAUCUGUUCUCUGGCUGUGACAGACCUCCUGGUGGCUGUGCUUGUCAUGCCCUUGAGCAUCAUGUACAUUGUGAUGGACAGCUGGAAUUUAGGAUACUUCAUCUGUGAAGUGUGGCUUAGUGUGGACAUGACCUGUUGCACCUGUUCCAUCCUCCAUCUUUGCGUGAUUGCCCUGGACAGAUACUGGGCCAUCACCAAUGCUAUUGAGUAUGCCAGAAAAAGAACUGCCAAACGGGCUGGUCUGAUGGUCCUUACUGUCUGGACCAUCUCCAUCUUCAUAUCCAUGCCCCCUCUUUUCUGGAGGAGCCACCGUCAACUCAGCCCACCCCCGAGUCAGUGCACUAUCCAGCAUGACCACGUCAUCUACACCAUUUAUUCCACUCUUGGGGCAUUUUAUAUCCCCUUGACAUUGAUACUGAUUCUCUAUUACCGGAUUUAUCACGCAGCCAAGAGUCUUUACCAAAAAAGGGGAUCGAGCCGGCACUUAAGCAACAGAAGCACAGAUAGCCAAAAUUCCUUCGCAAGUUGUAAACUUACACAGACUUUUUGUGUGUCUGACUUCUCCACCUCAGAUCCUACUACAGAAUUUGAGAAGAUGCACACCUCCAUCAGGAUCCCUCCCUUUGACAAUGAUCUAGAUCAUCCAGGAGAGCGCCAGCAAAUUUCUAGUACCAGGGAGCGCAAAGCAGCACGCAUCCUAGGACUGAUUUUGGGUGCAUUCAUUUUGUCAUGGCUGCCAUUUUUCAUCAAAGAGUUGAUUGUUGGCCUGAGUAUCUAUACCGUGUCCUCCGAAGUGGCUGAUUUUUUGACAUGGCUUGGCUAUGUAAAUUCUCUGAUCAACCCUCUACUGUACACAAGUUUUAAUGAAGACUUUAAGCUGGCUUUUAAAAAGCUCAUCAGGUGCCGAGAACAUACGUAGGUUGUCAAAUUUUAAAAAGCAUUACUUUGAAGAGUCUUGUGAAUGGACACGGGUAAGGGGUGCCACUUAUUAAUUCCUGAACAUGUUUCAGGAGAGUUUUUAAGUACUUGUGGUCUGUUUUUGCUUGUUUGUGUUCUUCUGUUUUAUUGAAGCUUGUUAUUAGGUGUG